GUGGGAAGUACUGAUGUUACUGCUUGGAGGGGGGGGGGGUUGGGGGGUUCGGGAAGCAGUGGGGCUGUCUGGGCUCAAGGAGCUUGAGUUCCUCUCGUCUGCCCUCGAGUCCUCUCCUUGGUGCACCACUCAGGUGGGAAGUACUGAUGUUACUGCUUGGAGGGGGGGGGGAUGGGGGGUUCGGGAAGCAGUGGGGCUGUCUGGGCUCAAGGAGCUUGAGUUCCUCUCGUCUGCCCUCGAGUCCUCUCCUUGGUGCACCACUCAGGUGGGAAGUACUGAUGUUACUGCUUGGAGGGGGGGGGGAUGGGGGGUUCGGGAAGCAGUGGGGCUGUCUGGGCUCAAGGAGCUUGAGUUUCUCCCAACUGCUCUCGAGUCCUCGGUGCACCUCUCAAGUGGGGGUGUGGGUGUGUUGCUGGUGAAAUUGUUGGUAGUGGUGCUUCUGUGGGUGGGGCAGUGGGGCAGUGGGGCAGUGGGGCCAUUUCUCUGUCGGGGCUGA